GAGGAAUUCUUCGUGGGUUUUCGUCAUACCCCUUUUCUUUUUUCUUCUCCGUUUCAAUUUCUUAGUUUUCUUUCAAUAAUUCAUCCACUCUGUUCGUAGAAUCGAAGUGAUCAUUGUGUUUUCAUUAUAAUUUAGAAUCGUGGUGGCCGGAGAAGUGGAUUUAUUGCUCUAGGGUAUACUGUUUAUGUGCUUCUUUGUGUUUUUGGAGUUGGUAUUCAAGCCUUACGCUGAGGAACAAGGCAACUCUGUAAGCCUACAAGUGAUUUCUGAUCGUAAUUCUUGGUUUAAUUUCAUCCACCGAAGUACUGAAAUUCUGGGUCUUCGGUGAAUGAUUAAUUUGGUGGAGGAUUGAUUGUUGUGUUCUGAGCUAAGAUUUAGUUGUAGGGAGUGGGGUUUGGGUGAAAUGUCACUAUGUGGGUCUGUCUCUGCUCUGAACUUGAGGUGGGAAAAGGGUAUCCCAAAAUCAACCACCAGAUGCUUUUCUCCCUCAAGUUGUAAGAAAAGCAAUGGUUUAGCAUUUUGGGGUAGUGAGUUUGUGGGUGAGGGCUUGAAAGUUUCUGGCAGAUAUGUUAAUAGGAAACUAUCUACGGGAACUCUACAACUAAAGGUCGUUUGUGUGGAUUACCCUAGACCACAAAUAGAUGAUACUGCUAAUUUCCUUGAAGCAGCGUCGUUAUCUGCUAGCUUUCGUGCUUCUGCACGUCCCAGUAAACCGUUGAAAAUUGUGAUUGCUGGUGCAGGAUUGGCUGGUUUAUCGACAGCAAAAUAUUUGGCCGACGCUGGCCACAAACCUGUUUUACUAGAAGCUCGAGAUGUUUUAGGUGGGAAGGUAGCUGCUUGGAAAGAUAACGACGGAGACUGGUACGAGACUGGCCUGCACAUAUUUUUUGGGGCUUAUCCCAAUGUGCAGAACUUGUUUGGAGAGCUUGGAAUCAAUGACCGAUUGCAGUGGAAGGAACAUUCAAUGAUAUUCGCAAUGCCAAACAAGCCGGGGGAGUUCAGUCGAUUUGAUUUCCCUGAUGUACUUCCUGCACCCAUAAAUGGGAUAUGGGCCAUUUUAAGGAACAACGAGAUGCUUACUUGGCCAGAGAAAAUUAAAUUUGCGAUUGGGCUCCUCCCGGCAAUGCUUGGUGGGCAAUCUUAUGUUGAGGCUCAAGAUAAUUUAACUGUGCAAGAGUGGAUGAGAAGUCGGGGAGUACCUGAUCGUGUAACAACUGAGGUGUUUAUUGCUAUGUCAAAGGCUCUAAACUUCAUUAACCCCGAUGAACUUUCUAUGCAAUGCAUUUUGAUUGCUUUGAAUCGAUUUCUUCAGGAGAAGCAUGGCUCUAAGAUGGCUUUCUUAGAUGGAAAUCCACCUGAGAGGCUUUGUGAGCCAAUUGUCGAGCAUAUUCAGUCAUUGGGUGGUGAAGUACGGCUUAAUUCAAGGAUACAAAAAAUUGAGUUAAACAAUGAUGGAACAGUGAAUAGGUUCUUGUUAAACGAUGGGAGUGUCAUUGAAGGAGAUGCCUAUGUAUUUGCCACUCCUGUCGAUAUCCUGAAGCUUCUUCUACCUAAUGACUGGAAAGAGAUCCCGUACUUCAAAAAGCUGGACAAAUUAGUUGGAGUUCCAGUUAUCAAUGUCCACAUAUGGUUUGACCGGAAACUGAAGAAUACAUAUGAUCACUUACUUUUUAGCAGGAGUCCGCUUCUUAGUGUUUAUGCUGACAUGUCGGUUACAUGUAAGGAAUAUUACAACCCAAACCAGUCCAUGUUGGAACUAGUCUUUGCCCCUGCAGAAGAGUGGAUUUCCCGGAGCGACUCGGAAAUUAUUGAUGCCACAAUGAUGGAACUAGCUAAACUAUUUCCUGAUGAAAUUUCUGCUGAUCAGAGCAAAGCUAAGAUUAUGAAGUACCACGUUGUUAAAACCCCAAGGUCUGUUUAUAAGACUGUUCCCGACUGUGAACCUUGUCGCCCCUUACAACGAUCUCCUAUCGAGGGAUUUUAUUUAGCUGGUGACUACACGAAACAGAAGUAUUUAGCUUCUAUGGAAGGUGCUGUUCUUUCGGGAAAGUUUUGCGCACAGGCUAUUGUGAAGGAUUAUGAAAUGCUAGUAGCUCGAGAGAAAAGACGGGUCGCUGAGGCUGGUGUUCGUUGAUAACAACUUCAAGGUAAUUUUGGAUGAAGAAGAUAAACAAUACCAGUAAUGUUUUUGCUUUUAGAUAUGACAUUGAUCGGCGAGUUUAACAUUAUGAUGUCUAUUAUGUCUACAAGUUGAACGAGUAACCGAACGCAAAUUUUUCCUUAUUGACAUUUUCUUUUCUUUAAUGACUGCAAAAAGGACAUCGGAAAAACUUUUUCCAAUGAGAAAAAUAGUUGUGAACAAUAUCCUAAGUAGAUGAUUGUUGGGAGAGUUUCUGCUAAUAUAAGGAUGUAGUAUCUGUAAAAGCCGUAGCCCCGCAUUCAUCCUCGUCCCGUUCAUCAGUCGAGAAGGGUUUUUCAAAGAAAAUCAUUAACAAACGACGUCGCGAUGUGAAAACUCGUCGUGGAAUAGAUAAUGAGAGAAGAGUAGAAACCAAAUGAUAAAGGUUUGAAAGAGGAUUCCUUCUUCACUUUUGCAGUCAUUAAAGAAAAGUAAAAGUCAAUAAAGAAAUCUCUUUGCAUGCCUUUAUUUUC